ACUUUCGGCCUCUCGGCGGGGAGGGGCUUCCUGACUGGAGGUGCUCGGCGUGCGGCGCGCGGCCGUUGUUUCCCAUAAAUACCUUUACACUUGUUGUUUUUUGUAUUUGCAAAAGAUAGCUGUAGCAUCGAGUUUACGCGCGCACCGGCGCUAUCCGAAAUACAUUGCGUUUUGUAAACGAAUUUGGUAUGAUUGCUGCCUCGGGAUUACGAAGUCAAGCGUUUUCUUGAAGAAGUGAUUCCGGUUCAGUGGGAAGGUUUGAACUGUUCACUGGAAAGUGACCAUUGUUGUAAUCAGGUCGAAGCUGUAAUCAUUUCCACUUACUGAGUUUUUUAGUUUUUUACGAGUUUAUAGUCGAAAAUCAGCGCAAGCUUCAUAAGGUGUCAUGAAAGAAAUGUCAAGCACUAUGCCUAGUGGGCAGCAGCCUCAGAAACACUAUGGCAUCACUUCAGCCAUCAGCCUUGCACCACCCCGAGAAAUAGACCACCAGUACACCGACAAACUAUGUGAUGCUAUGAAACCUUUUGGGGUCUUUGAAGAUGAAGACGAAUUGAACCAUAGACUUGCAGUUCUUGGGAAAUUAAAUAACUUUGUUAAAGAAUGGAUUGCAGAGAUCAGUGAACUAAAGAACCUUCCACCAUCAGCUAUUAGCUGUGUUGGCGGCAAGAUAUUUACAUUUGGGUCUUACCGUCUUGGCGUUCAUACAAAAGGAGCGGAUAUUGAUGCCUUAUGUGUGGCCCCGCGCCACGUAGAGAGAAGUGACUUUUUCCAGUCAUUCUUUGAGAAAUUGAAACAGCACGAAGAGAUCAAAGAUUUGAGGGCUGUUGAGGACGCCUUUGUACCGGUGAUAAAAUUCAAAUUUGAUGGAAUAGAGAUUGAUCUGCUUUUUGCUAGACUGGCCUUACAGUCCAUCCCAGACAACCUGGACCUAAGGGGAGAUUCUAUCCUGAGAAACUUGGACAUUCGGUGUAUCCGUAGCCUUAAUGGCUGUCGAGUCACUGAUGAAAUUUUGUACCUGGUGCCAAACAAAGAAAACUUCAGACUGACGUUGAGAGCCAUUAAACUAUGGGCAAAGCGUCGUGGCAUCUACUCCAACAUGCUGGGAUUUCUAGGUGGAGUCUCGUGGGCGAUGCUGGUGGCCCGCACCUGCCAACUUUACCCCAAUGCUGUUGCUGCCACACUUGUCCACAAGUUCUUCUUAGUUUUCUCUAAAUGGGAGUGGCCAAAUCCUGUGCUAUUGAAACAACCAGAGGACAGUAAUCUGAAUUUACCCGUGUGGGACCCCAGAGUGAACCCAUCGGACAGAUACCACCUGAUGCCCAUCAUCACACCCGCCUACCCCCAGCAGAACUCCACGUACAAUGUGUCCACGUCCACGCGUACCAUCAUGAGUGAGGAGUUCAAAUACGGUCUCAGUGUUACAGACGAGAUUCUUCAGGGAAAAGCAGAAUGGCCCAAACUCUUCGAGCCACCCAACUUUUUCCAAAAAUACAAGCAUUACAUCGUUCUAACUGCCAGUGCGUCGACGGAAGAAAACCACUUAGAAUGGAUUGGUCUGGUGGAGUCGAAGAUCCGUGUUCUGGUGGGAAACCUGGAGAGAAAUGAGUACAUUACCCUGGCUCACGUGAACCCGCAGUCUUUCCCAGGGUCCAAAGAGAAUCGUAACGAGAAUGACUUUGUUUCCAUGUGGUUCAUUGGGAUCAUCUUCAAGAAAGUGGAGAAUGCAGAAAGUGUGAACAUUGACCUGACAUUCGACAUCCAGUCCUUCACAGACACUGUGUACAGACAAGCCAACAACAUCAACAUGCUGAAGGAUGGAAUGAAGAUUGAGGCAACACAUGUAAAAAAGAAGCAGCUCCACCAGUAUCUUCCUCCUGAAUUGGUGCAGAAAAAGAAGAGGAGCAUAGCAGAGUUGAACCGUAGCUCUAAUGGAGGGAGCUCAAAGAGGAUGUCUCUGGACAGUAGUCACCUGGACACCUCUAGAGACACGGACUCGGGUACUCCUUUGAGUUCCCCGGCCAGCAAACCCUCAAAACCUGCAUCAGACACAGAUGACAGUGUCAGUCCCCCUAAACAGCCUUUUGUGGAAGGCUCCCCGGCACCUAGUGCAGCACCCAGUGCAGCGCCUACCGUGACCCCCAGUGCAGCACCCAGUGCAGCAUCAGCUGCUAAAGACCAGGGCAUGUCUAUCCCCGUCAUUGGUUCAAAGCCCCCGGUUAAAGCAAGGCCUCCUUCCCCACCAUCCAGCACCUCUGUCACCACAGUGCUCAGUGGCAGCUUAAAGCCCAACGCCAGCAGCAGCCCCAAGGAGGAGCCCAACGGGCUGGAGGACUCUGUCAACGGAGCUCCUACCAAGAGACCACACUCGCCUACACCAGAGGAUCUGGCAAAGAGACCCAAAGACACAGAGGCGGUAUCUAAUGACGACUCUACGUUUAAAGAGCCAUAUCCUCCAUCCUCCGACGGCUUUACACAUGGGGAAGGACCCGAUAUUACUCCUCUUUCUGGAUCAAAGGCUAAGCCCAUUCCAACCAUUGAUACCUCAAGAACACAGAGACUUCCCAGCAUGGAGCUGCCAGAUGCCUCCUCGCCUCUUCCAGCCAGCAAUACAUGUCGUGUUGUAAAAAAUUCAAUUAAACUGGCCCUCAACCGCCACAACAUCACACCUCCCAAGCCCCCAGUUUUUGAAGGCACCCUCACCACAGAUGCACCUCCUACCUGUGAAGAGAAGGGCAUGUCUAUCCCAGUCAUUGGAUCAAAACAUGUGGCAUCUAAACACAUGGCCCCCCCCAUCGGGAGCUCCAUCCCCACAUUAGUGAGCCGUGGAGCCGACCCGCUAAAUGGAGCAGGCUCCAAGAGACCCCACUCCCCCUCUCUGGAGGAGCAGGCCAAGAGGCUAAAAGAAACUGAGAAAGCCAGAAUCCAUAUAGCUUGAACACAGCCUGGCAGGUUGGAUUCAUACAGACACACAGGUGGGGCUUUACAGUUAAGUCAAACACCGAGAAGAUAACUUCACGAAGGGACGGGGCAGCGUGUUCAGGCCGGCCCCGUCUCUCGAGUGACGCAGCAGAACGGACACGUCUCCUUGAAUCUCAAGAGAUUACAGGUUUGCCAGUGGCUAGGCGAUUCGGUCAAUGUUGUCUGGGCCCUGGGCCACUCUCUCAUAUCAGAGGGCAUUUCACACAGCUCUCUGGAGGUUUCUAACCUGAGAGCUCAAGCAGCAGUUUUUUACUUGUCUUCUCCCUGAGUGUUUAAAGUGUACACAGUACAGACAGAAAAGGAUCUGUUCUUCUGUUGAUUUCCCCCCUCUUAUCCCAGGUAAUGUUUUAAACAGCCCUGAACCUUUGACACUUGCUGCACAUGCUUAUGGUGUAUGCAAAGUUUUUGGUUUCUUUUUUUUCCCUCCUACCCUAUACAGAAAUAUGUACAGUAAAUGUUGAUGUAAAUAACUUUUUGUCUUAAAGCAAAAGAUAUCUGUUAAGUCUUUUGACGAUAGUAGUUUUAUCUAAAAAGAAAAAAAAGUUUAAAAAACGUGUUUUGUUUAGUUUUUUUUUUCUGCAUUGUUUGUUUUUCUGUACUGCUUGUCCCAAAAAAUGUCUACAGCCCAGGGUAUUUUUGUAUACACUGUAUUGGUUUGGAUACAGUUACAAGGAGGGUUUCUUGUGGGUUUGCUUCAGUAUAACAGAAAUGACCACCCAAAGCUGGACACCAGGUUAGAAUUGAACUUGUGUAGGUAGGUGACCUCUCAGGUGCAAGCGGGAGCAGGGAAGUUUCACUACAACAGGAAACAUGCAUUUGUGUUUGCAUGUGAUUAAACAGGUUUGAAGCUUUUUCACUCACUUUUCAUUACCAGGAAUGAGAGAACUUAACCUUGGAGGAACCGUAUCAAAAUGCAACAUCAGUUCUUCUCUUCAGUGUAGCUUUGUAACGGUGCAGUGUCACCUGAUGUUAACUGUGCAUUUAAAUCCUACUUAGGUAAGUGUAAUAGACAUGACAACACGAAUGCUGGGAAGUUGCAAGAAAAGGUUUUAACAUAAGUUGUGUACGUGCCUGUGGGUGAUGGAUUGUUCGACUCCUAAAAUUGUCCUCUGGUCCAUCAGGAAGGCUUAAAAGAACUAAAACUUAUCCCCACCCCACCCUCACUAUGCCAUCACGGUCUGUUUGCUAGAGAAGCUUAGUCCUGGUGAAGCAAAGCUCUGAUUGUUUUUUGUGUUUCAUGUCUAUGAAAGGUUCUGUGUGGGGAAAAAAUGGUUCAAAGCUUUUUGACAAGUUGUGCUGGUGUGUGUGCGUCUGUGUGCACACGUGUGCAUGCAUAUCUGGUUGAUUGUGUGUGAGAGCGUGCAUGCAUAGAUGGUUGUGUCAGUGUUGGGAGACAGACAGAAUUCCCUUCAUUUGGGUGUUUAACCCUCUGCGCCUCCUGUGGAGGUUCUUAAAAAGGUAUCUCCUGGGGCCACAGGUGGGGGUGAGGUGGGUUAGGAGGCAACGUCUUUUCCUUUUCCUGCUUUGAGGCCCCAACUCCAACUUUAUUGUCUGAAGCUGGGCGUAUUUGUGUUUGAUUCCAGCACAGAGGAAUAUAUGUAUACAACAAAAAUGUAAAGUGAUGCUAAAGAAGUGCCCUCUUUAUUGGAGGAGGUAGAUUUGGGACACAGGCUCUUUUUUCCAGCAUCGGUUUCCCCAAUGACAAAAUGUACAGUUUUUUUUUUUUUUUGGUUGUUUUUUUUUUUUUUUCCAAAAGGCAUAUUAUUCAUUAUUUGGGGUUUUCUUAUCACUUUAUUUAUAUUUUCAUAUUUGUACCAUGUGACUCUUUUUUUUUUUUUAUAACAUUCAUAGCAGGUAGGUCUUUUCGAACAGUAUCUGCACCACUCUGUUUCAAGCUCAUGUUUUGCUCUUUGAAAACAUUUAACAAAACAGGUCAUUUAGAUGUUUGUUUCUAAAAUGUACUGAAAGGGUAUUUUUGUAUGUGUUUAUCACUUCCUUUAAACGAAUCUGUACACCCAUUAAACCCCUAAAGACUC